CUUAGUUCUGAUUCUGAAUUAACGGUACAUUGUUAGUUAAGUAUGGAAACGAAACGUUUACUUUUAUCUGAUAGGGAUAAAAUUAGAAAGAAAUGGGGGAAAACGCCGAGUGAUGUAGAAGAGUAUAUUGCAAUUAUAAAAGAAUGGAUAAAAAUGCAGAAACACCUUCCAGAACUUCCAGAAGACAACAUGAUAGAAUAUGUUUUAACUGUUUGUAAAUACAGUAUUGAAAGUUCCAAACAAAAUUUGGAGAUGUAUUAUUCAAUGCACCAAAUGCUUCCAGAAUUUUUUAUUCACCCUUUAAAACAUAAUCUUGUAGAGGUUGUUUCCAAGAUGGGUUACAUAGCAACGCUACCAAAUUUAGAUGAGAAUUUAUCUAGAAUAACAAUGUUAAAAUUUCAUAGAGAAGGUAUAGAAAUAUUUGAUCCUUACAAACUAGCAGCCUAUGUAAGUGCUAUAUUAGAAAUCAGAUUGCAAGAAGAUCUAGGAAUGGGAGAAGUUCUUGUUUGUGAUGCUGAACAUUUGGCGAUGGGACAUGUGGUUAAAUUUACUCCGUCUUUCUUUAAAAAGUGUACGCUUUUAUUGGAGGCACUUUUAAAAAAUCGACUGAAAGGAAUUCACAUAAUUAAUUAUCCACCCUAUAUCAAUACGAUACUAGCUGUAGCCAAAAUGUUUUUAAAGAAAAAAAUAUACGAUAGGAUCCAUCUUCAUACCAAUAUUGAAAGUUUAUACAAAAGCAUUCCUCGGGAAAUGUUACCAAUUGAUUAUGGAGGAGAUGAAAAAGCAAUGAAAACCAUCAUGGAUUUGUGGCAACUAAAAUUGGAACAAUAUGCAAAGCGAUUCGACUUCAUAGAAAAGAUGGAAAUAAAGGAGAGCUUAAGAGCAAAACCGCUCAUGAAUACCGAAGUAUUGGGCUAUUACGGCAAUUUUAAAAAACUCGACGUAGACUAGGAUUCAAUUUUUUUAAUAAAAAUUUAAAAUAUACAGGGUGUCUUAAAUAAUUUGUACCAUACCUCGUGAGAUGAUUCCUUACCCAACAAUAAGACAAAUAAUUGUUAUCAACAUGGCUCUGCAGAUGCUUUGUCGCAAAGAUGCAGGGUGUUAAAAUAUUUGUUUUUUCUUUCUUGUAAACGAAGCCGAAAUCCAAAAAAUACUAAAAGGUUCUUUGAUUGCAAAAAUUUAUUUUUCAAUUAAGACACUUAUUACUUUACUUUUUUUUCCAUUUUUUAAAUGAAUAUACUUAAAUUAAUACGUGAUGAAUAUUGGGAUGAAAAGGCCUAUUUAAAGUUAUUAAAAUGAGGUUAGAAAUAAGUACUCGUAUAAGGACAAGGAUUCUAAUGUUAAAAUUUCAGGUUUGCAAUAAGUCUGAUUUUAGCAUGGAAUUUAUGACUCUAAUUACUAUGUCACUAUUAGUGACUGGAGUUUAUAGAAAUUUGCAAUAUCUCUCUAAUGUUAUUUGUCGUUGUCAAAACUGCAGUUUAAUUAGGCAAUUAGAACAUCACAAUUGAAAAAAAAAAGUCCAAAAUGUUACAUUUUUUAGUUUGUUAUGCCUAUGUUCUUUAAAUUUAAUAUAAUUUAUCAG